CGGCCGUUGCUUCCGAUGAUCACUAUACACAAGACUAAUGUAUUCGACAUUGGCUUAUCUACUUUGCAUGUCUUAGUGCCCUGAAGGCGUGAUGCAUCUACGGGCGGGUGGCCCAGUCACCCAUAUUCCGCAGCACCUUCGACGUCGCCUGAUGCUGUCUGCUGGCCUGCCAGGCUCCCGAAUACACCCUGGUUGCCAACAUGUUUGCCUGGGCCUGAUGCUACCGACAUAUAGGUAGCAGUACACCCUCGCCCGCUCCUGCGUUCUCUUUGUGCAAAUCAACCUCCGACGACUCUCCCGCUACAGCCUGUAGAAAGCUUCCCGAACAUUAUAGCACUCAUGGCGAAAGAUCCAGUCCCAGCAGCUAGCUUGCCCGGAGAGAUCAACGCAGCAUCGAGAUCUCUCCACACCAACCUCAACCGCCUCAUAACCUCGCGCCUCCCGCUCUGCCUCCCUCCCCACACCGCCUCGCCACAGCUCUACACCACCGGCCUCCUCCACUUCGCCCACGUCUACCUAACCUUCGAGUCCCUCUGGCAGGAUCUCGCCCUCUCCACCCAGCAAGGCACCCCCACCUCCCCGCUCCUCUCUUUCCUCCUCGUCGACCCCUGGGACGCCGAUACCGACUCCGACCCCGAAAACGCGUCGCCGCCUUUCCCGCGGCCCUCCCCGCGCAUGCUCGCGUUCCUCGCUUCCCUGCGCCCAGCCGGCCUCGCGCGCUCCAGCCGCCUGCGCAAGGAUCUAGAGACGCUGACUAGGCUCAGCAGCACCGAUCUCUCGGUCUCGCUGUCCCAGUUCCCGGGCGCCAAGGUGCAGGAGUACUGCGCGCAUAUCCGGAAGGCGGUGGGGAAGAAGCCGCAUGUGCUGGUGGCGUAUGCGUGGUGCUACUACAUGGCUGUGUUCUCGGGCGGGCGCUGGAUUCGUGGGGAGUUGAGGAAGGGUGGAGAGGAGUUUUGGCGGAAGGGCGGGGCUCAAAGUGGUGGAGAGGCGGAGAAGAAGGAAGUUGUGCCGUUGGAUGAGGCUGGGUUGUCGUUCCUUUGCUUCCCCGGGUUGGAUGAUGGGGAGGAUAUCAAGGCGGAGUUUAAGAGCAGACUCGCUGCUGCUGAGGAGCUUUUCACUCCGCAGGAGAGGGAGGAUGUCAUCCAGGAAUCGCAAGAGAUAUUCCGCUAUAGUGUUGGUCUUGUGGAAGAGCUGGAUGAGCUGCUGGCGACUAAUCUUGAAAAAGCAGCUGCCGUUGAAGCUGCUCAGAAAACGAAGGAGACGGCAAGGCGCAAAGAGGUGCAAGACGUCGGCAGCUCCGGGUUUCUACACUCACGAUGGCUGCAAAGUCCAGAUGUGUCCACAGUGGUCCUCAGCCUCGGCUGCGUGGCAUGGCUUGCGGUUUACUUGUUUAUGGGCUCUGACCGUAUACUUUGACGGCAACAUCGUCCACACAUAUUUGAGGUGUUUUGUUUUGAUAGUAGAUAUGAGACGUCGAGGCUCAUUACGAUUCUAGCGUUUUCCUGAAGGCAUUCACAGGGGUUAGAGCGCUGGCAGAUGGUACAUCGGUGUGGGUUACUGAAGUAUAAUGAUACCCCGUAGUUUCAUUUUCGACUGCUAAGAAGUAUAUCAUUGUCGUUG